GCGCAGGCGGCGCCGGCGGGAGCGGGGCACAGCGGCAGCGCCAUGGACCCGCCGUCCGCCGCCGGGCUGGGCGGCGCCGACCCCCAGCUCCAGCGCUUCAUCGAGGUGGAGACGCAGAAGCAGCGCUUCCAGCAGCUGGUGCACCAGAUGACCGAGCUGUGCUGGGAGAAGUGCAUGGACAAGCCGGGCCCCAAGCUGGACAGCCGGGCUGAGACGUGCUUCGUGAACUGCGUGGAGCGCUUCAUCGACACCAGCCAGUUCAUCCUGAACCGGCUGGAGCAGACGCAGAAGUCCAAGUCGGCCUUCUCGGAGAGCCUGUCCGACUGAGCCGGAGCCAGCCCCGCGGGCCGGCCCUCGCCCAUGCCCACCCCGGUCACUCCGCUGCCCCGGGGAGCCAGGAUCAGCUCGGGGGGUAGGAUUUGAUUAAAUGCCAGUCUCGGGGAAGUCGCAGCCAGAUGAGAGCCCACACCAGACACGAGGACGCUCCGCGCUGGGGUGCUGUGCUGCUCCGGGCGGCCGCCUUUGUGCCGGGAGCCGGUGCCACGCAGGGAGCGUUUGGAACCCUCGGCUGGGCAGGGGGGUGCUGAUGCUCGUUUCACGGAUGCUCCCAGCUCUGGGUGAGGCCAGCCUGCCUUAAACAGUGCUGCACAAAGCAGCCCUCCUGGGCACAUCCUCACCCAUCGCUCUGCAGGCUGGGACAGGCACCCUGAGCAAGAAGAGCAUGUUGGGAACAGUGACCAUCCCAGGCAGUGCCACUGCUGGAAAAUACUUCCAGGCUUCCAUAGGUAAAUCGUUCGUACGGCCAAGUGACCAAUUCUCACACUGCAGCACAACUCUGUCGAUGCUGACUUGCUCCAUUAACUGCUUUCCCUGGGUAAAUGUAAUAAAUAUUAACUGGGUCAAUUUUUAA